CCAUUUGUAAUCAGUGCGUUUGGCAAGGCGGAACAGAAUGGGCCACGUUGAACUGGAUUACAGGGCCAUACCCAAACUGCAUGGCUGUAAAAACUAUUGGCAGUGGCGCAUCCUUAUGCGCACCUAUCUGGAGAGCAUCGAGCUCUGGAAGCACAACGAUCUCAAGGAUACUCCACAAACAAAAUUUCUGAUCUUGGCCAGCGUGGAGGCCGAUCUGAUUGAACCCGCCUAUGAUGAUCAGAGCUGCAAAUAUAUAUUCGAUAAUUUGGAGAGCCGUUUCUCAGCCUAUAAUUAAAUUAUAAUGGUAAAUAAAUUGUACGAAGUAUUUAAUAAAAA